GUUCGGUCUCUGUGCAGACCUGCUCGGUUAAGGAUCCAUGUAGACCGGAUCUGUCUUUCUCAUGGGCGAGGACCAGGACCAGGACUGCGCCCGGAACCAUCACCGAGAACCCAGCGGAGCGCCUCUGGAUCCGGACCGGGCGAGGAAAUAUGUGGAGCUGUUCAGACAGCUGGACCUGAACAAUGACGGCAGAGUUGACAUCAACGAACUCCGGAUCGGACUGGCUGCACGGGGUCUUCACCAGGGGGAGGCGGAGGAGAUAGUCCUGGAGAGUGACAUGAACCAUGACGGACUGCUGGACUUACAGGAGUUCUCUCAGUACCUGCAGGCUCACGAGAAGAGACUGUUGCUCAUGUUUCAUAGCCUGGACCGCAACAAUGACGGUCGGAUUGAUGUGGGAGAGAUCCAGCACUCCCUGCACAAACUCGGAGUCAAAGUCAGCAUGGAGCAGGCCUCUAAAAUACUACAAAGUAUGGACAAAGACGGUACAAUGACCAUCGACUGGAUUGAAUGGCGAGAUCAUUUCCUUUUUAACCCUUUCCACAACAUGGAGGAGAUCGUGCACUACUGGAAACAUUCUCACAUGUUUGAUAUUGGGGAACAACUGACUGUGCCUGACGAGUUCUCUGAGAAGGAGCGGCGGUCCGGUCUGGUGUGGAGGCAGCUAGUUGCUGGAGCAAUGGCAGGUGCUGUGUCACGGACAGGAACUGCUCCUCUGGACCGCCUAAAGGUCUUUCUGCAGGUACACGGCUCCUCGUCUCGAAAGGGGAACCUGUGGCAUGGACUGAGGGGGAUGGUCCGGGAGGGGGGCGUGGUCUCGCUGUGGAGAGGAAACGGCAUCAACGUCCUAAAGAUCGCUCCUGAAUCUGCCAUCAAGUUUAUGGCCUACGAACAGAUAAAGUAUGUGAUCCGGGGCAGUCGAGAAGGAGGAGCUUUGAGGGUUCAGGAGAGAUUCGUCGCUGGUUCUCUUGCAGGAGCGACAGCACAGACCAUCAUCUACCCCAUGGAGGUGCUGAAGACUCGUCUGACUCUGAGGAAGACAGGUCAGUACUCAGGUAUGGCUGAUUGUGCCCGACAGAUCCUGAGGACAGAGGGAGUUCGAGCGUUUUACAGAGGAUACCUGCCCAACACAAUCGGCAUCAUCCCAUACGCCGGCAUCGAUUUGGCUGUGUAUGAGACUCUGAAGAACGCCUGGCUGCAGAGGUUCUGUGUAGGCUCUGCUGAUCCUGGAGUUCUGGUUCUGCUUGGCUGUGGAACCGUCUCCAGCACCUGUGGACAGCUAGCGUCGUACCCGCUCGCUCUGAUCAGGACUCGCAUGCAGGCACAAGCGCUCACUGAAGGUACACCCAAGCUGACCAUGCUGGGACAGUUCAGACACAUCAUGUCUCAUGAAGGCGUCCCCGGACUCUACAGGGGAAUCACUCCUAACUUCCUCAAAGUCAUCCCCGCUGUCAGCAUCUCGUACGUGGUGUACGAGCACAUGAAGAAGGUGCUCGGGGUCGGACAUUAGAAAUAGAUGAAGAGGAGAACAGCAACACUGAGGAGGAAAAGACUUCUGUGAUGACGAUACUCCUGUGAAAGAGGAGAAAAGAAGCACUUAACAGACUGAUUUGAUCAUUCUCCUCCUUCAUGACUGAGUCAGUUUGUGGAUCAAUCAUCUCAUUUAUGGACGAUAAAGAAGAAAAAAGCAUUUAAGCAUUUCUUGCAGACAAGCAGGAGAGUUCUCUCUCUCUAUGUUUCUGCAUUCAAACCAGCAGCUUCAUUCCAAAGCAAUCACAAAUCAAACAACAGAAGCAGACCUUUUAUAGAUACGUACGUAGACGAGCAUAUAUUCCCCCAAUGAAAAAACUUAUAACAGCCACAGGAACUAGGUUUUUUUCUCCCUGCAAUGUAAUUAUUUAAAGAUGGCCGUCCUUUGCUUUACCCUUUAAAACCACAGGGGGGCACCAGCCUUUUAAUCAACUCUCUUAAUAAAAUGAAAGGAAAGAUUUAGCAUCAUGACCAUCCAAUCAUGUUCUGAAGGAGACUUAGAGUUGUGAUUACAACAGUCAGAUAGGUCUGGAUCUGUUAUAUUCAUUCCCUUUUUCCAGCAGGCAUUAGCUGCAUGCAGGGUGCCUCUGGAAGCAAUUGGGCAGACCUACAAUCAAUCAGACUAACUAGGGCAGAAUGGCAGAAAAUCCCCUCGAUAGUACAGAAAACACAUCUUUCUUACUAAUGAAUGCUGUAAGGGAAGUUAUUUGUUCUUGUUCUAAUGACACUUCAUCAACCAGUUUGUAUAAAAUCACGUCAAUAGCUGAUUCAAUCGACCUACCUGCAGCAGAAGCUGCCAUCUUAGUUGUUUACGAAAAGGCUGAAGUGGCGCCCCUGUGCUAUCAUCGUACAGAGCCCGCCCCAUUUCUAAAUAAAGGGCUAUGAUUGGUCAGGUCUAUCUGAAACUGUUUGGAAAAUGUUUAGGAUGGCAGCAGUUCCAGACCCACCUGCCAGAACAAUUGAAUAUGAGCUGGCUGAUGGGUCUGGAGAGGCCAGGCUUUAAAGGUAUUUUUCGACCGCAGGAACUUUACCCCGGUACGAGGGACUUUACCCCUGAACUACGUGCGUUUCGACCGGAGGA